UUUGCCUUCCCGGAUGCUUCGCACUACCUCUGUGGCUUUGCGGUUGCUUCAGCGGAAUUUUUCUUCCCAGGGGCCUAGGGAGUCACGUAUUUGUAAACAGUUGACCGAACAGUUCAAGCCCGUUCGCCUGAAAGUGCUCAAUGAAAGUCGGAAACACUAUCGGGAUGCAGGUGUCGAGACACAUUUCAAAAUCACCAUAGUGUCAUCCUCUUUUGAAAAUUGUUCUGAAGUUCAGCGCCAACGCCUCAUAACCAAUGCACUGUCAGAAGAGUUCCAGUCGGGACUAAUCGCGUUGUCGAUCACUGCUAGAUCACCCAGCGAGCCACUGGAUGAUCACGCAUCCCCUCCCUGUCUAAAUCAUCCCUCCACCCAAUGGAAACAACAGUAUCCAGCUGUCGCAUCCUGAACCGAAAAGUUUUGCAUUUUGUCCUGUGAUUGCUUAUCAUGUGAUGUCGUUGUAUUUGUUCUUGAUGUCAGUAUCUCCCAACUUCCCCUUAGAAGUUCGUUCAUCUGCUUUUUGAUGCGCCUCGGCUCACGGUAUCGCUUGCUCAUUCGUUCACCUUGCUGUAAACUUAUAACCCACUUUUUUCACAGAUGCUUCACCGCAUGCAAAGAAUAAAUGGGCAUUUGUUUUGCGUCUGGUUAAGGCCUUGCCUCUUGUUGUCCAUUUUCAUCACUAAGUGCUUUUCACCACGUGACCGUCCCAAUCCUAU